CUACCUUACCCUGGCUCCGGCAUCGGAACUCCGGCCUCCGGAGUCGCGCGCUCGGUGGCGGCGCUGGCCUGAUCCCACGAUGUCUCCGAUCAGAGUAGUGUUUUCUCUCUUCCUCCUCCUCGCGGUGGCGGAGUCCGCGGCGGCGACGCGCUCACCGUCGGCCUUCGUGCAGAACGCCAUCUACUCCAACCGCAUCACCAUCUUCUCCAAAUCCUACUGCCCGUACUGUAUGCGUGCUAAGCGAAUAUUUAAAGAUCUCAAGGAAAAUCCUUACGUUGUUGAACUUGAUCUUCGAGAGGAUGGCCGAGAAAUUCAAGGUGUUCUUCUUGACCUGGUUGGGCGCCAUACUGUGCCACAGGUGUUUGUGAAUGGUCAUCACGUUGGUGGCUCAGAUGAUACAAAAGAUGCUCUUUCAAAUGGACAGCUUAAUAAACUUCUUGGCAAAAGCCAGUCUCAGUCGCAGUGAUGAUCACGAGAAAAGCUUGGUAUUGCCAAAAACUUGUGAAUGUCUUACAUGCAUUGUUCUUUACCGGGAAGAAUGUGACUUUACUCUUUUUAGGAAUAUGAACAGGGUGUUCAACUCAUGCCAGAUAUUUUUUUUGCUUGGAACUGUUGUGGCAAAAAUAUUUGUACUUGAUUGUACGAUUUGCUCAAGCGUGUAUACGUUGAUCUGUUGUGCCAGUUUUUGUAAAAAAAUUGUGCUCAUAAGCACUCGACUUCCUCUUCUAUUGUGUAUCGUCAGGGUUGCUUGGUUUGUGUUGAUAAUGGGAGUAUGCAUGUCUUGUAAAUCAGAGUGUCCGUUCAGCAUUACUGAACUUGCACAAGAUAUGAGCUAGGCAACAUCCAUAA